UUGUUGUUUUUUUUGUUGCGCUGGUGGAACGACAGGCUGAGGUGAAAAGCCUGACUAUGUCUUUAUGUCAGUGACAUAGAGGUGUUACACUAAUUUGCAUCAAACGAUAAAGUAAACUGCAAGAAAGGUCAAAGGGGUUGGCAGAGUCCCAUUCGGUAGUGCAACUAACGGAAUACAUGUUAGUUAGCCAUCCAGCUACAGUAACGCUGGCUAAUAAGCAGACCAUUAAGUAUUUGUCUGAAGACUAAUAGCUUGUUAACUACGGACCCAUCAACACCAUCAUCGUUUCAAAUAUAUCGCCGUGUCUUCAUUUUAGUACGAUGGGAAACGCUGCUACAGCUAAGAAAGGCAACGAACAAGAGAGCGAGACUUUUGUGAAAGAGUUCUUAGCCAAAGCCAAAGAAGAUUUUUUACGAAAAUGGGAGUGCCCACCACAGAGCACAACUGGACUGGAUGACUUUGACAGGCUGAAGACUCUGGGCACGGGCUCGUUCGGUAGAGUUAUGUUGGUGAAACAUAAAGGAACAGAACAGUUCUUCGCCAUGAAGAUCCUGGACAAACAGAAAGUGGUGAAGCUGAAGCAGAUAGAACACACGCUAAACGAAAAGAGAAUACUGCAGGCGGUGUCCUUCCCCUUUCUCGUGAGACUAGAUUAUUCCUUCAAGGAUAACUCCAACCUCUACAUGGUGAUGGAGUACGUUCCAGGAGGAGAAAUGUUCUCGCAUCUGAGACGCAUCGGGAGGUUCAGUGAACAUCACGCACGAUUUUAUGCAGCUCAGAUAGUACUCACUUUCGAGUACCUCCACUCGCUAGACCUUAUCUACAGAGACCUGAAGCCUGAAAACCUUCUCAUUGAUCACCAAGGGUACAUCCAGGUCACAGACUUUGGCUUUGCCAAAAGAGUAAAAGGCAGGACCUGGACAUUGUGUGGAACUCCUGAGUACCUUGCUCCAGAGAUCAUCCUCAGCAAGGGCUACAACAAAGCUGUGGACUGGUGGGCACUGGGAGUCCUGAUCUACGAGAUGGCCGCCGGGUACCCUCCGUUCUUCGCUGAUCAGCCAAUCCAGAUCUACGAGAAGAUUGUGUCUGGCAAGGUACGAUUCCCCUCCCACUUCAGCUCAGACUUGAAAGACCUGCUGAGGAACCUGCUCCAGGUGGACCUGACGAAGCGCUACGGCAACCUGAAGAAUGGGGUGAAUGACAUCAAGAACCACAAGUGGUUCGCCACAACGGACUGGAUCGCAAUCUACGAGAGGAAGGUGGAAGCUCCCUUCAUACCAAAGUGCAGAGGACCAGGAGACACAAGCAACUUUGACGACUACGAAGAGGAGGAUGUCCGUGUGUCCGACACAGAAAAGUGUGCGAAGGAGUUUUCCGAAUUCUAGCAAGGGGAGGCAGGUGUUCCAUCAGUCUGUUGAGGGUUGGAGCUGAGACAUGACGCGUUCAAAACAAUUGCCUAGUUCCUUCAUUCCACAAGGUUGAAUGAGGUCCUUCUUGCCAUGAUCCUCCUCGCGUGCAGUUAGCACUAAACGUAUACACAGGCACAUUAUGCAGACACCCCUCGUGCUGCGACACAAAAAUACUAGGUAGGCCACGUUUUUGUCUUUUGUUUCCUGUUUUGUUUUUAAAACAUUUGUUGCUUUAAAGAACCCCCCACCCCCCUUCCCUCCAUUUUAAACCAAGGGAUUAUUUGCAAAGCAAGACACAAACCAAUGAAAUGGCCAUUUUACAGUGGCACAAAGAGUUACUGACUAUAGUAGGUGGUAUUACACAUUUUUGUGAUUUUUAAGUUGCUCCUAGUUCUAGUUCUUGCUAGUGACUCUUGCCAGUUCUUGUGUGUUAGGCCUACACGUCAGUGUUUGUUUUAGGUUUAAUUAAACGUUCUUGGCCCAGUCUAUAAUCCUAGACAUUUUGCUGUCCUUAAGAAGUAGACUGUGUCUUUCUGCAUAAUAUAAAUAUACAGUAUCUUUUUACAAAGAAAUGGAUGUCAGAAAAGGAAAAUACUCAUUACAAUACCACAGUCACAUUGGCAUGCAGUCCUUGAUGAGGGGUACAGUAGUAGCAAAGCAAACCUAAUUACAAAGCAAACACCUGUGAUAUGUUUAAUUUAUCAUUUGUAGCAAUGUUUUACUUGUUAGGUCAUGGGGCAUUUUAUUUAAUUUUUUUUAACCUCCGAGUAGGUAUUGUAUUCAAAUUAAGAUGACGUGAGAUUAUAUAUUUUAAGGAACAACAACGCCAAGAGGGGUAGGAAACGUAUGGGCUUUAACUACACUGAACAAAAAUAUAAACGAAACAUGCAACAA